GAACCGGUGGCCGGGGGCGGGGCGGGGUGACUCACGCCGCUUCUCCCGCGGCCGCGGGGGCUUCUCGGGGUCCACGCACGCCCUGCGCCGCCAGGACCCGAGCGGAGCCUCCCCGCGGCCCGGCCGCGCCUGGUCCUGAGCGGUACCAUGAUGUGGGGUGCAGGCAGCCCUCUGGCCUGGCUCUCAGCUGGCUCAGGCAACGUGAAUGUAAGCAGCGUGGGCCCAGCAGAGAGGCCCACAGGUCCAGCCGCACCACUGCCCUCGCCUAAGGCCUGGGAUGUGGUGCUCUGCAUCUCAGGCACCCUGGUGUCCUGCGAGAAUGCGCUAGUGGUGGCCAUCAUCGUGGGCACUCCUGCCUUCCGUGCCCCCAUGUUCCUGCUGGUGGGCAGCCUGGCCGUGGCAGACCUGCUGGCAGGCCUGGGCCUGGUCCUGCACUUUGCUGCUGUCUUCUGCAUCGGCUCAGCGGAGAUGAGCCUGGUGCUGGUUGGCGUGCUGGCAAUGGCCUUUACCGCCAGCAUCGGCAGUCUACUGGCCAUCACUGUCGACCGCUACCUUUCUCUGUACAAUGCCCUCACCUACUAUUCAGAGACAACAGUGACACGGACCUAUGUGAUGCUGGCCUUAGUGUGGGGAGGUGCCCUGGGCCUGGGGCUGCUGCCUGUGCUGGCCUGGAACUGCCUGGAUGGCCUGACCACAUGUGGCGUGGUUUAUCCACUCUCCAAGAACCAUCUGGUAGUCCUGGCCAUUGCCUUCUUCAUGGUGUUUGGCAUCAUGCUGCAGCUCUACGCCCAAAUCUGCCGCAUCGUCUGCCGCCAUGCCCAGCAGAUUGCCCUUCAGCGGCACCUGCUGCCUGCCUCCCACUAUGUGGCCACCCGCAAGGGCAUUGCCACACUGGCCGUGGUGCUUGGAGCCUUUGCUGCCUGCUGGUUGCCCUUCACUGUCUACUGCCUGCUGGGUGAUGCCCACUCUCCACCUCUCUACACCUAUCUUACCUUGCUCCCUGCCACCUACAACUCCAUGAUCAACCCUAUCAUCUACGCCUUCCGCAACCAGGAUGUGCAGAAAGUGCUGUGGGCUGUCUGCUGCUGCUGUUCCUCUUCCAAGAUCCCCUUCCGAUCCCGCUCCCCCAGUGAUGUCUAGCUGAGUCUUCAUGACCCUUCAACCCUGAUUACUACAGAAUUCCAGAAUGUUAGGCUCUCCAGGGCUUCUUUCCAAACCCCCAGCUCCACACCCCCCAGACCCAGCUGGUUCUGGAGUUCUAGGACAUUGGGUGUUUCAAGGUUCUGUUCAGAUCCCUAUGGGGGCCCAGCUGGCUCCACGGUUCCAGAAUGUUCAGGUGGUCAGUGUUCUACUCAGAUAUGUCUCACAGCCCAGCUGGGUUGCAAUUCCAGAAUGCUGGGAGUUUUACAGUGCCAUUCCAAGUCCCAGAUGUCCCUCUUCCCCCAAACUUGACCUUGACCAUGUCACUUUACGUUUGAAUUUCUGAGCUAAAGAGUCAGAGAGAUUAGUCACAUAGUUGCCUAAAUAGGAGAGAGAAAGAUUAUAUAUGCAUAUAUACAAAGAGAGUGUCUAUUUAUGAUUUAUUUAUUUAUUUAUAAAUUUACUUAUGGCUGGUAAGGGGCAAAAAAGAGACCCACACCUUGAUAUCCAGGCCAUACCAGGGUAUCCCUUGUCCCUUCACCCCCAUUUCUGACCUCAGUUCCUGGAGGGGGGAAAGGGAGAAAGAUAAACCACGUAUUUUGUUAUUAUUUUGGAUUAUUUUUUAUCGAAGAGAGCAUAGAAACCAGAGCCUUCUCCCCAGGCCUGCCCUCCUCGGGUUUGGAAGGGGAACACACCAGCCUCUGGUUUUUUAUUUUUUUAAGAAGCCAUCACCUGAGCAACCAAAAAUUCCUCUGCGCUGGGGUCCGACUGCCCUCUGGUGGCCAUUUGGGGAAAACUGCAGCCCGGCCAGGCAGCUGGGACCAGAAUGCAACCCCAGCUCCACUCCAGCCUGGCGUCCAGGGCCACAGCCAUGGCCUGGGGGCCAAGCCUCACCCUGCGGUGCCCUAAAGGAGGGGGGGCACGAGCCAACACCCCACCCCUCUGCCAACCGGGGUAUGGCCCCCAGUGCAUUCCCUGUUCCCGUCUCCAACCCAACUCAAUAAAAAAUGAUUUUGUCAUAAA